CGUUUCCGGUUGGAGACGUGGCUCGGGGCCGCCAUCUUGGUAAGAGGCGAAGCGGCAGCUGCUCCUGUCAGGGGGGCAGCAGGUCCAGAGCGGCCGGUGCUCCCCUUGCCCGGACCCGGCCCUAUCCUCAGUGGAGCCAGAGCGCGGGUACGCGCCACCACCGUCCUCACCAUGGUGCUGUUGGCAGCAGCAGUCUGCACGAAAGCAGGAAAGGCUAUUGUUUCUCGACAGUUUGUGGAAAUGACCCGAACUCGGAUUGAAGGCUUAUUAGCAGCUUUCCCAAAGCUCAUGAACACUGGAAAACAGCAUACAUUCGUUGAAACGGAGAGUGUAAGAUAUGUCUACCAGCCUAUGGAGAAACUGUACAUGGUACUAAUCACUACCAAAAACAGCAACAUUUUAGAAGAUUUGGAGACCCUAAGGCUCUUCUCAAGAGUGAUUCCUGAGUAUUGCCGAGCCUUAGAGGAGAAUGAAAUAUCUGAGCACUGUUUUGAUUUGAUUUUUGCUUUUGAUGAGAUUGUUGCCCUGGGAUACCGGGAGAAUGUUAACCUGGCACAGAUCAGAACCUUCACAGAAAUGGAUUCUCAUGAGGAGAAAGUGUUCAGAGCAGUCAGAGAGACUCAAGAACGUGAAGCUAAGGCUGAGAUGCGGCGUAAAGCAAAAGAAUUACAACAGGCACGGAGAGAUGCGGAGAGACAAGGGAAAAAAGCACCAGGAUUUGGGGGAUUUGGUAGCUCUGCAGUAUCUGGAGGCAGCACAGCUGCCAUGAUCACAGAAACCAUCAUUGAGACUGAUAAACCAAAAGUGGCACCUGCACCAGCCAGGCCUUCAGGCCCCAGCAAGGCUUUGAAACUUGGAGCCAAAGGAAAGGAAGUAGAUAACUUUGUGGACAAAUUGAAAUCUGAAGGUGAAACUAUCAUGUCCUCUAAUAUGGGUAAACGUACCUCUGAAGCAACCAAAGUGCAUGCUCCACCUAUUAAUAUGGAAAGUGUGCAUAUGAAGAUUGAAGAAAAGAUCACGCUAACCUGUGGACGAGAUGGAGGAUUACAGAACAUGGAAUUGCAUGGCAUGAUCAUGCUUAGGAUCUCAGAUGACAAAUUUGGCCGAAUUCGUCUUCAUGUGGAAAAUGAAGAUAAGAAAGGGGUACAGCUACAGACCCAUCCAAAUGUGGAUAAAAAACUUUUCACCUCAGAGUCUCUAAUUGGCUUAAAGAAUCCAGAGAAGUCGUUUCCAGUCAAUAGUGAUGUAGGAGUGCUAAAGUGGAGACUACAGACCACAGAGGAAUCUUUUAUUCCACUGACAAUUAAUUGCUGGCCCUCAGAGAGUGGAAAUGGCUGUGAUGUCAACAUAGAAUACGAGCUACAAGAAGACAACUUAGAACUGAAUGAUGUAGUUAUCACCAUCCCACUUCCAUCCGGUGUUGGUGCACCAGUUAUUGGUGAGAUCGAUGGGGAAUAUCGACAUGACAGUCGACGAAAUACCUUGGAGUGGUGCCUGCCAGUGAUUGAUGCCAAAAAUAAGAGUGGCAGCCUGGAGUUUAGCAUUGCUGGGCAGCCCAAUGACUUCUUCCCGGUUCAAGUUUCUUUCAUCUCCAAAAAAAAUUACUGUAACAUACAGGUUACCAAAGUGACCCAGGUAGAUGGAAACAGCCCUGUCAGGUUUUCCACAGAGACCACUUUCCUAGUGGAUAAGUAUGAAAUCCUGUAAUACCAAGAAGAAAGAACCAGAAAGGAAAAUUUUCAAAUUUAUAAAGAAGAAGCCAAAAGUGGCUGAAGAAUUUUUCCAAAUUUACAAGCCAUUGGAGACCCUUUUUUCUGAUACAGUGCACGUUCUCUGCACUCAAGGACCCUCAACUCACCCCCAGUGUUUCAGUGUCAUGGAGACAUUCUUUGACAAAGACAUGACACAGACAUAAAGGGAAAGGCUGCUGAUUUCUUUGGCAGAUUUUACUGGCCAGCAGGAAAGCAAGCUCUCCAGAGAAUGCCCCCUGUAAACACUUACUCUGCUUUCACCUAAGUUGCUCCUUUCUUUUAAUCCCUAAAUAUAGUUAUAUUUCAUAUUUCAUUUGUUUUUAGAAAGUUUUCUCUGUAGAAGAUUUUAAUCUUUCAUACUCCUUUCCUUUACCAUUAGUUUUUCUUUCUGUACAGCCAAUCAAGCACGGGGAUCAUCUGUACAUAGGCAUUAUAUAUGGCACUCCUGGAACAAAGGUUAUCUAACCCACUGAUUUUUGGACAAUACAGGUGAACUAAUUAAGGGGUAUGGAGUCUAGAAGUUAAAGGAAAAGGUUGUUUUCUGUCCAUCUAUCCCUCUACCAUUUGCCAAGUUGUUUUCCUUUUAAGGCCUGACUUUCCUACUUGUGUCAAUAUUAAAUAUAGCUGAGAAGCAGCUUUCAGAUGGUGCAGUCCCCUCUCCAGGAUGUCUAGGAGAAGAAUAGUUGUGUUCAGUAAGGAAUUUCACAUCUACAUGUAAUCAUGUCUGCUGCUAGUGCAACCCAAGCUUCCAGUUCUCUACAUUUUGGGUACUUGAGCCAAAACAGUCUUUGGAAUCCAUUCACAUUCCUCAACUUCACCACCUCCCUCUUCCUGAUCACUCUUUCAUCAGUCCUCUCCUUUCUAGCAGAAAAGAGGUUAUGAUUUUGGAGGCUGUGGGUUCAGUGAGUCUUUGCCAGUCUGUUUAGCCCUGAACUAUCAGAGAAACUCCAUCUCUAACACUGAAGUUGUAGUGUUUCAAGAGGCAGUUGAUUAUAUUGGUUGUGGAGGGAUUAUUCUUGUGUACCAUGUUUCUUGCAGCCAACCCACCAUUUUCCACCAGCCUGUCUCUUGAAAUCUUUUUCCUCCCCCUAAAUAUUUUGAGUAUCAUCAUGUAAUGAUUGUUUCUCAGCUCCAUUUCAUCCAUUACUUUUUCAGUGGAGAACAACAUCAGCCAGCCUAGCUUUGGUCUUUAACCCAGUAUUGCACUUGGUAGGGUGAGGGUUGAGUGGCUGCAGGCCCAUAGAUGACCUCCUGCUCUUUGAGCUGUUUGGAGACCACUGCUCCCUCUGAACAUCCGGCCCUCCCUGCAAAGAGUGUACUGUACUUGAAGCAAAGUAAUCACAAAUGGCCAUGGCUGGAAUUGCUUGCCAAAGAAAUUUCUGGCCUUUCCCUUUCCCCUAACUGUAUCAGGGAAGAAUCCUUAUCUCUAGCUUGGUUUCCACAUGAGGUUUUUCUGAGGAAGGGGACUGGGACAAGAAGUCUGUCAUGUAGUUAAGUAGGCAAGAAAUCUUAUUAAUCCAUUUUUUUGUUUGAGAGUUGCUUGUCUAUAUGAUUUUUAAAAAGUCAAGUUUAAUUUCACAAUUUUUUUUUCUGAAAUUACUUUUGGGGUAAUAUUUAAAAUGAAAGACAUUUUGUAACCCUGUAAAAUACAUAGGGAAUAUAACAUUCCAGUGUACACAAAGAAAGUAAAUUCUUUAAUCAAAUAAAGAGUAUUAUAAAAUGA